UGGGUGAAGGGUGAAGGGUGUUGGGGCACACAGGACUCACAGCCACACCGCUAAGCCCGGCAACCAAUCCGCCGGCAGCAGAGCAGCCUUGCCGCAUCUGGGCCCCGUUUAUUGUUGCAGUUGCAAGGACCUUCCUGUAGGCACAACCACGACCCUCGCCUCUCCGGUGCUUUUUAAGGGGGGUCCUGGCUGUGUGUCCUGCACUGCUCCAAGCUCAAAGUUGCAGUGGUGGAGCAGACACUCCCCGAGCCACAGCCACAGUCUGCCACCCACCCACAAACCAAUCCACUCAUGCCACUCAUACUCAAAAAUAUCAGGUUUGUUCUGAACUCGGACUCACACCCGAUUUUUCAAUACGCUCUCUUUCUAUAUGCAUCUCGUCCUUGCUCUCUCGCCCUACGGAACUCUGUCUGCUGUUUUCGUUCGUCCUGUGGAUUCAUUUCACAGCAUCAUGUUAAUAACAGGGGAGACUUGUGUAAACUUUGUGUAGAGCCAGAGAAUAACUCACAAUUAUGAAGAGUUUCAACCGUUUUAAAAUACAAUUUUAAUGUAAUGUUAUUCAUUAACAAACUAUGCAAUUAACUAAUUAGUUAAUUAACUAAUAAGUAUAAUUAAAAUAUUAAUUUUUGGUAAAUACAAAAAUAACAUAUAUGCACAUUAACAUCUAUUUAAUUCAGGCUAAAAUAAUAAGCCCAUAUAACUUUAUUUGUUUUGCCCAGCCAAUACCAAGAACGUAUUGUAAGAGGCAUUCGUCACAAAGCGCCCGUAGAAUCGGUCCUCAAAAUAGCUUUAAUGUUGAUACAACUGUCUAGUGAUAGACUAAGUUCUUUGCAAAUUAGUAUUUGCUUAGCCUAGUUAAGCAGAGCCAAAUAUCUGUACCAAAUGCUAUUAUGCGUGUGGUUCUCACGAAGUGCAAAUAAACCCAAGUCCGACACAUGUUCUUGUUUCUAACUCACCCAAGGGAUAUAAAUAGUGCUCCAUUCAAACCAGUAGAGCAUCAGUUGAUCACAUCCAACUACCAGACAUCAACAUGAAGUACUCCUGUGUCCUGCUCCUUUUGGCCACCGUUGCCUGUUUCCUGGUGAGCCUGUCCAGUGCAACUACCACGACCACCACCACGACAGAUGCCACUACCACGACCACCACAACCGCCGCCUCGUCGUCUGACACCACUACCACGACAGCUUCGUCCUCGGACACCACCACUACCACGGAAUCAUCCUCCUCCAAGAAGAAGAAGCACAAGAUCCGCUACAAGAACAAGAGACACGAACCCAAGAAGAAGAUCACCAUCCACAGGAAGAAAAGCCGCAAGGACUAAACAUCUAUAGAUAUCUACAGACCCGGUUACGACCAAUGUGAACUCCGACUCCCAAAGGCAAUCGCCAUAUCAUUAUUCCGUUAUAUUUAUUAUUCUGUUAACAAACGUAUCUCUAACUUACUAUAAUUAAAUUCAAAAAUUUAUUUAAAUUCAAAAA